GCGUACGCGGACGUUGGAAGCAUGGGUCUGGGGCAUUAACUCAACGGAAGCGCAGAACACAAAGAACCCCCCUUAAACAGGGGCAGUGGGCGUUUUGGAGCUUGUAGUCGGAGCCAACAGCUAUUCAGCAACCCAUAUGUUCAAGGGCGAAGCUCAGCCGAGUGAAGAUAGAUCCGAUAACCACAUCACGUUACAGAGAAGUCAAAGUCAAGAUGAUGCAAUUGGAGCUCGCUUCUCCUAAGGUGUUCUGAGCGCGUGCGGUGAACAUGGAGGGCUCCCUGUCGUCAGGGACGACGGACGGACAGCUCUCAGCCAAUAACGUGGAGUCGACCGGCGCUCACGCAAAGCACCUCAACGACGACACGGAGCGCAGCUGCAGUCCGUCGGUGUUGAGCUACGUGAGGAGCAGUUGGAAGGAGGGACUGCUGAGCAGGAAGAGACCUUUUGUGGGGAGAUGCUGCCACUCGUGCACUCCACAGAGCCAGGAGCGGUUCUUUAACCCCAGCAUUCCAUCUCUCGGACUCCGUAAUGUGAUCUACAUAAAUGAAACGCACACAAGGCACCGUGGCUGGCUCGCGCGGAGACUCAGCUACGUGCUGUUUGUUCUGGAGAGAGACGUGCAGAAGGACAUGUUUGCUCGGAACGUAGUGGAGAACGUGCUGAAGAACAGCAGGGUGGAGGCAGCCAUGGUGGAGGUGGCGACGGACGGGGAGGGGGGGGAGCAGGGCGAGGAGGCGGACCAGAAGGCCCUGCAGAAGGUCCAGAGGAAGGCCCGCAACCUUCUACAGGAGAUGGUGGCCAACAUCUCACCUGGACUCAUCAGACUGACUGGCUGGGUUCUGCUGAAGCUCUUCAACGGAUUCUUCUGGAGCAUCCAGAUCCACAAGGGCCAGCUGGAGAUGGUGAAGAGGGCAGCCGCGGAGAACAACGUUCCCCUGGUGUUUCUGCCGGUGCAUAAGUCUCACAUUGACUACCUGCUCAUCACCUUCAUCCUCUUCUGCCACAACAUCAAAGCUCCGCACAUCGCCGCCGGCAACAACCUCAACAUUCCCAUUUUCAGCACGUUGAUCCGUAAGCUGGGCGGCUUCUUCAUCCGCCGCAGGAUGGACGAGGCGUCGGGCGGCAAGAAGGACGUCCUGUACCGCUCCCUCCUGCACGCGUACACGGAGGAGUUGCUACGGCAACACCAGUUCCUGGAGGUGUACCUGGAGGGCACGCGGUCCCGCAGUGGCAAACCGUCUCCCGCGCGCGCCGGGAUGCUCUCCAUCGUCGUGGAUACGCUCUGCACCAGCAACAUCCCAGACGUGCUCAUCGUACCCGUGGGCAUCGCUUACGACCGCAUCAUCGAGGGCAACUACAACAGCGAGCAGCUGGGUAAGCCCAAGAAGAAUGAGAGUUUGUGGGGCGUGGCCUGUGGAGUGUUUAGAAUGCUGAGGAAGAACUACGGGUGUGUGCGUGUCGACUUCACCCAGCCCUUCUCUCUCAAAGAGUACCUGGACACCCAGAGGUGUCGCCACCUGCCGGCUCCCUUGACCCUGGAGCAGAUCCUGCUGCCCACCAUCAUCGACGCACAAGAAGCUGCAGAUGACCCAGACGUCACCAAGAUUUGGCCCGAUGAGGCGCUGUUCCGUGAUGAAGAGCAGCCGGUGUCUCGAGAUCUCAACGACGAAGCCUGGAGGAGGCAGGUGAUCUCCAAUCUGGCCCGACACGUCCUCUACACGGCCAACAAGUCCUCGGCCAUCAUGUCUACGCACAUCAUCGCCUGUCUUCUGCUCUACAGACACAGAGAGGGUGUGGGUCUGUCUAAGCUGGUGGAGGACUUCUUCAGUAUGAAGGAGGAGGUUCUGUCGCGGGACUUUGAUCUCGGAUUCUCGGGCAGCUCCGAGGACGUCGUCAUGCACGCACUCCACCUCCUCGGCAACUGCGUCGCCCUGCGCAGCUCUGGUCGCCAUAGCGACGUCAUCAUCUCCGCCCGAGACAGUGUGCAUGCCCUCUUUGAGCUCAACUUCUACAGCAACGGCCUGUUCCAUGUCUUUAUCUCAGACGCCAUCAUAGCGUGCUGUGUGUUGGCGAUGUUACGGGAGCAGGCAGCGGAAGCCUCCGGAAGCGAUCAAGGAGGCUCCACCCUGCUGAGCCAGGAGCGUCUGAUUCGCAAGGCAGCUGGUCUGUCACACUUCCUGUCCAAUGAGGUGGCAGUGGCACAGCCGUGCCAGACGCCGUACCAGGUCUUCCAGGAGGCCGUGACCCGUCUGAUGCAGUACGGAGUCCUGCUAGUGGCUGAGGAGGAUCAGGAGGAGUUGAGUCCGAGCCCCACAGAGGAGGUGUGGCCUAAGCCCUUCCCACCCUCCUUGUCGUGGCGUAACGAGGAAGAGGACGAAGACAGCGACUUUGGAGAGGAGCAACGAGACCGCUAUCUCAAGUUGAGCUCGUCGCCGGAGCAACAGGAGUUCAUCUCCUUCCUACAGAGCAUGCUCAGUCCGGUCCUGGAGGCCUACAGUGGAGCGGCCAUCUUUGUCCACAGCCUGAGCGAGCCGGUGUCUGAGAGAGAGUACACACAGCAGCUCUUCAAGUACCUGCUCACACGCGCAGACAGAGGCAUCGCCGUCUACGCUGAGAGUGCCACACACUACUUGGUGAAGAACACGGUGAAGACCUUUAAAGAGCUCGGGGUGUUGAAGGAGAGGUGGGAGAAUAAGGUGGUGUAUCUGGAGUUGAGCAGCACCUUCAUACCUCAGACGAGCCGCAACAAACUGCUGCACUACAUCCAGGGCUUCAGUCGCCUCUAGACACACACACACACACACACACACACACACACACACACACACACAAUCAAACUACAAACUGCUGCACUACAUCCAGGGCUUCAGUCGGCUGUAGACACACACACACACACACACACACACACACACACACACACACACAGACACACACACAUUGUAGAAACUGCUUCGGUACUGUACAUGUACAUAUAUAUGGAGAAUUAAACACACUCAAUACACACACACACGCACACACACACACACACACACACACACACACACACACACACACGAACGCACACUUGGACCUGGACUUCUAGCACCACCUGUUAAAGGGCUUGAACUGCCUUCUCUGUCUGGAUGAGAGGCUACUGUGAAGAAGUUAACCUGGACGUGCCUUCCUUGUGCACACACACACACACACACACACACACACACACACACACACACACACACACACACACAUACACACAAUCAUAGCCUUUCAGUUUGCCAGGUAAAAUCCAUUGGCAUUAAUGAGUUGAUUUCCUGUGGGAGGGAGGAAUGUACGCCCCCCCCGCCCCCCGCCCCCCCAUUAUGAGUUUAGUGGUACGUGUAACGUUAAGUCCAGCAGAAGAAUGUUCUUCACUUAACUCAGAACCCGCAGAACCGCAAUAGAACCGCGGCCCAAUCACUGGGUUCCCCUACAUAGUUCUCCCUACGUAGUCACGGGCAUUUUAACUCUCGCCGUAAACUUGAACAUAGUUUGGACUGCUAAUGUAUAUUGUAUGUAUGUAUGUAUGUAUGUAUGUAUGUAUGUAUGUAUGUAUGAAUGUAUAAUAAUUCAUUUUUCCCCUUAAAUGUUUGUUUGGUAGGGAGGGUGAGAUGUUGCUUUUGUUUACUAGUGUUCUCAUGGGUCACAUGAUCGUUUCAGCCCUGCCGUUCACAGGUAGUCUGUCUCCAACUGUGUGUGUUCACUUCCGUUAGGAAUCUCUUAGAGAUGACUCUUACCUUUGUUUUGUUUGUUUGUUUGUUUGUUUGUUUGUUUUGUUUUGUUUGUUUAUGUUUUUGUUGUUGGUUCUUUUUCAUUAAUGUUUUUCUGAUUGUAAGCCUGUCAGAGAGGCAUGAUGUGUCACGUGCGUGGUCAUGUGAUCAGGAAGUGUGUGUAGAAGAAGAGAGAAUAAAUGUUCUCUGUGUGUACAGUCAACAGGUGCGAGACCUCCUCCAUCUGCAGAGCGUUACACACACACUGAACUCGGAGUUAGGCUAACACACACCUGUGUGUGAGGUUAGCACUAGCCUGUGUGUUAGGUUAGCACUAGCCAGUGUGUUAGGUCAGCACACACCUGUGUGUGAGGUUAGCACUAGCCUUUGUGUUAGGUUAGCACUAGCCAGUGUGUUAGGUCAGCACACACCUGUGUGUUAGGUUAGCACUAGCCUGUGUGUUAGGUUAGCACUAGCCAGUGUGUUAGGUCAGCACACACCUGUGUGUUAGGUUAGCACUAGCCUGUG